ACUAUCAAUUAGUACAUGCUAGCCAUUCUUUUCAACAGUCCCGUAACAUUUCCAAAUUCAAAGUGGCCUUCUUCUCUCUACUUCCCUUCGAUUCCUCUUUUUCUGUUCUUGAUUACAAUUAACCUGCUGAUUUAUGGUGAACGCAACAGAACUAUAUCCGAAUACCCCCACGCCGGAUCUCGACGUUUCUGAUUGGGAUUUUGAUCCGGGCUACAAACUACUGAUGGGAGAAUAUCAAUCUUCGGUCUUUAUGUACCUGAACCUUACUCUAAACCCAGCAAGUAUUGUUUGCGGCUCCAUUGUAUGCAUCAUCCUUCUCGCCAUUCGAGCGUAUGAUAAAACCUUGGUCGAUCGUGUAAGCUUACGCUUGACUGCCGUUGUUAGUGCAGUGGAUGUCAUCAAGGCGGCCGCGUACAUUAUCUUCACAUACGUAGAGACUCCCGGAGCUACAUGUAGUGCUACUGCUUGGUUUGUCUUAUUCCUCACAAAUCUAUAUACCUUUUUGUCAGUUGCCAUUGCUUUCAAUCUCCAAUGGAUCUUUCUACAUAAGAAUCCAGUCCAUAGGCAUCUCGAGGCCGCAUACUUUUCAGUCUCCAUAGCUCUAGCCUUCAUCACAACCAUCCCGCCUUUGGCUGCCGGGCGACUGGGCUAUGAUCCAUUCUAUGGGUCCUGCUGGUUCAGGUCCUACUCUUCAAAAAGCACUAUCGCUUGGGAAUGGGCCACGUUCCUUAUCUGGAACCUUUUAGGGAGUAUAUACUGCUUUUUGGUGGUGGUUGCCGUCAUCCUCCGACUACGACAAAAUGUCUCUAUUCUCGGAGCCUACACAUCUAGCAAAGCAUCACCCGAUGCUACCACUCAGCAGAAGUCUAAAAUAACUCACCGGCUGUUACGUCAACUAGUUUUUCGAAUUUCCAUGUAUGCUUUGAUACCCAUAAUCACGCAAGGCGGCUGGUAUAUCAGUGAAAUGAUAAUGCAGUUUCAACAUCGCCUGGUAAGCCCCCCCCCAAAAAAAAAGAGACUGCGAUUUUCCUCAAAAAAAAAAGGCGGGAAAAAAGGAAAACUUGGAAGCUAACAUGAUACAUUUGUUCCAUCUGUGUGCAGGACACUGGCAUUACAUAUUGGGCCAUUUCUGGCACCGAUUUACCAGGUGUUUUGAAUUUACUGGCAUUCUGUAUGGACCCCGCCUUAUCCAAUGCUCUAAGUGUUAUCAAAUUGGCCAUGAUUGAAAGAUAUGGGGAUACAAAUUCGCCCAAUGCGAAAGACCACAAAUUCAAGGCAUGGAUUACAAGAACCUUAUUUGGCAUUAAACGGCUCCAUACCAAUG